AUGUCCACGGCCUGGGUCGACCUCGUGCCGCCCUACCACAACUUCAACCACGGCACGGACGUGCUCCUCCAGGUCGCGCAGUACGCUCUCGUCUUCGGCGCCGCGGAGCUUUUGACGCCGCUGGACGUGCUGGGCCUCGGCGUCGCGGCUUUGGGCCACGACGUGAGCCACCCGGGCCUGAACAACGCCUUCCAGGUCAACAGCGCGUCGGAGCUCGCGCUGCGCUACGCGGACGUCGCGGUCCUCGAGGCGCACUCCGCGGCCGUCGUCGGCACGUUGGUCCGCGACCGCCAGCUGCUGCUGGGCCUGAGCGACAAGGACUUCCGGCGGUGCCGCCUCAUCAUCUGCGCGUCGAUCUUGGGCACGGACAUGUCGACGCACUUCAAGACCAUGGAGCGGCUCACGAAGUUCAACGACGCCGCGCCGUGGACCGCCGAGGGCGGCGGCGCCGCGAAACGGGACGCGCUCGAGGCCGAGGAGCGCAAGUUCGUCUGCGACGUGCUGCUGCACACGGCGGACGUGUCGAACCCCGCGCGGCCCUGGGACCUGUGCAAGAAGUGGUCGGAUUUGGUCAUGGACGAGUUCUUCCGCCAGGGCGACAAGCUGUGCGACAAGGAGGCGCUCCUCGGGCUGCCCAUCUCGCCGAACUGCAACCGCGCGUCGACGAGCCAGGCGGGCUGCUCCAUCGGCUUCAGCGACUUCAUCGUCAAGCCCCUCUUCUGCCAGGUCGCGCGCAUGCUGCCGGGCCUCGAGGGUACGGCCGUCGCGUGCCUCGCGUCGAACCGCGAAAAAUGGGUCGACGCGAAGGACGCCGAGGCGAGCGCCGCCGCGGCGCCCGCGGCGGGCGCGCCGGAGGACGGCGCGAAGCGCGAGGACACCGCCUUCGACGCCGCGGGCGACGAGUCGCCCGGCGGCGCGCGCCUCGGCGACGACGGCGCGGCGACGACGGUCCGGGAGCGGCGCGGGACGCGCGCGGUUCGAGGUCGCUUCACCAUGAGUUGGCCGCGCGCGAUCGUUCCGGAAAGAGGAUCCGCGCGUCGAGGGCGCUCCGAGAGAUCGUCGCCCGUCCCAACAUGA